AAUGUGAUUUUAUAGGAUUCAUCAGAAGUUGUGUUGAGAUGAUGUCAAUAUUUUUCAGUAUUCUACACUAAAGACAAUCCUAACUUAUACUGCAUUGUUUUCUUCACAUUAUGGCCGCUCAUUGUCUGUCAUAAUUAUAAAGUCAUGUGUAUGCUGUGUAUGAGGGGCACAGAGGGUGUUACCGGAGCUCAUCUGUUCAAACCCCACCUCCAGACAAGUGACUGUCGGAGCAAGAAGUUGCAGCUCCUCUCGCCGGCUUGCCUCUCUCUGCUUCAGACCUGUGCCCCCGCCGCAGAGCCUGACAUCUUAGCAUCAUGGAGCUCCGUUACGCGCUAACAUUUCUCUGCUUUCUGGUCCCGCUGUGCACCUCAGACACUGAUGUCGGCUCUCGCUUCGUUUUGGAGCCUUAUGAUUUCCUCUUCGACACGGCGGUGGAUGCAUACCAAAAGGGGGACUGGUUGACGGUCAUCCUGAACAUGGAGAAGGCUCUCAGGAACAAAGCUACUGUCCGCAAUGUGAAGGUUCAGUGCCGGCUUAGCUGCGCCAACCAGACCGCUUUCGGCGAUCGCCUGGCCGGGUUGGGAGUUCCAAUCCCCGGGGCCGGGUCUGUGGAUGACCUGGGAUUUUUCCAGAAAGUCCUGAAACGGGCGGAUUGUGUGAACUCCUGCGAAACUGAGAAACUGGGUUCACCAACUCUGCAUCAAGUCACAGAAGACGUACAGCUGGAGUUCACCAAGAGGACCCCCUAUAACUACCUACAAGUGGCCUAUUUUAAGAUCAAUAAGCUCGACAAAGCAGUGGCAGCUGCCCACACGUUCUUCCAGGCCAACCCAGACCACUUGGAGAUGAGACAGAACCUGGAGUACUACAAGAUGAUGGCAGGAGUACAUGAAGAGGAUUUCAAAGAUUUGGAAGCCAGGAAGCAUAUGUCCGAGUUCCUGCUGGGGAAGAGUUACUACAGCGACGACUCAUUUGGCCUGGCGGCUGAACACUUCGAGGUGGCCUUAGAUGAGUACUUCACUGCCGAUAAGGAGUGCCGGGCGCUGUGUGAAGGAGCCUACAAUUACGACGGAUACAACUACAUGGAGUACAGCGCUGACCUGUUCCAGACCAUGACAGACCACUACAUGCAGGUCCUGAACUGUAAGCAGCACUGCUCAGUGGAGUUGGCUUCACACACUGGCAGAGAAACGCCCUUUGAGGACUUCCUCCCUUCCCAGUUCAACUACCUGCAGUUCUCCUACUACAACAGUGAGAAGUACGAGCAGGCCAUAGAGUGUGCCAAGACCUUCCUGCUGUUCCACCCUGACGAUGAGGUGAUGAACCAGAACCUUGCUUAUUAUUCUGCCGUGCUGGGAGAGGACAAGGCAAAAACCAUCUCAGCCAGACAGGUGGUGAAACAAUACAUUCAGCAAUCCAUACUGGAGAAAGAGCUGCUCUACUUUGGAUAUGAGGCCUUUGGAAUCACCUUUGUCGAUCCAGACACGUGGACUCCUGAAGACGUCAUGCCUAAGAAGCUGAGAGACAAGCAGAAAGCCGACAGAGAAACCGCAGCAAGGAUCACAGAGGAAAUAGGAAACCUAAUGAAGGAGAUCGAGACUCUGGUCGAGGAGAAGAAAAAGGAUUCUUCAGAGAUGGCCAUGGUAAUUGGUCCACAGGAAGGUGGGACUCUGUUGAGUGAUGACAUCAAGCUGACCAUGACGGCCAAUCAGCUGAACGGCUCGGACCGAGUGCUGCUGGACGGAGUGAUCAGUGAUGAUGAGUGCAGGGAGCUGCAGCGCCUCUCCAAUGCAGCUGCUCUGAAAGGUGACGGCUACAGAGGACAGCCUUCCCCCCACUCGGCCAGCGAGAUGUUCCAGGGAGUCACUGUCCUGAAGGCUGUGAAGCUCGGACAGGAGGGCAAGGUUCCACUGAAGAGCGCUCGCCUGUUCUUCGACCUCAGCGAGAAGGUGAGGAAGAUUUUGGAGUCGUACUUCCGCCUGGAAACUCCGCUCUACUUCUCCUACUCCCACCUCGUCUGUCGCUCCGCCAUCGAUGAGAAGCAGGAGGAACGCAAUGACCUGAGUCACCCCGUUCAUGUGGACAACUGUCUGCUGGUCUCAGAGAUGAAUGAGUGUAUAAAGGAACCUCCUGCAUAUACACACAGAGACUACAGUGGCAUCCUUUAUCUGAACGAUGACUUUGAAGGAGGAGAUUUCAUCUUCACGGAGUUGGACGCUAAAACAGUCACGGCCGAGGUGCGUCCACAAUGCGGCCGUGUGGUCGGGUUCGGAGCCGGGAAGGAAAACCCCCAUGGAGUCCGAGCCGUUACCAAGGGUCAGAGGUGUGCUGUGGCGCUGUGGUUCACUCUGGAUCCUGCUCACGAGGAAAAGGAGAGAAUUCAAGCUCAGGAAAUGCUGAAGAUGUUUUCUACCCCCGUGAAUGAGGAGUUCAUCAAAAAGGAGGUGACUGACACCUCGGAGCCUCCGGCACUGGCUGACCAGGUAAAAACAGAAAAUAAACAAGAUAAUAAACCAGCAGAGCAGAAGGCAGACGCAGCAGCAGCAGCUGACAAACCAGCAGACUCGCCGAAGGACAAAGAGGAGGGGGCGGCGAAACCAGUCAGCAAAACAACGGCAGAAACUAAAGCCAAAGCUGCUCCUAAAGCAAAGGCCAAAGCCGGAGGAGACAAAGCAAAGACCAAGACGGCAGACAAAGCCAAACCUGUGGCUAAAAAAGAUGGAAAACAGACGGUUAAAAAACAAACCAAGCAGGCGGACAAAAAGGACGCAAAACCAGCUGCGAAAAAGAAGGACUCCAAAAAAGCUAAAACUGAUGCCACUUCAGACUCUCAGAAACAAGAGCUGUGAUCUGACAGAGCCUGAGACUGUUUGACUGUGUGGUGUUGAUUUUUCUACUAUUUUUUAAAAAGUCUGUGAGCGGGUGAAUGAGAAAGGAGUGAAAGUUAUUUGUCUUUUAAUGGUGGGUGAUGGUAUAAGAACACAGGACUGCUGUUUCACUGCGAACGUCACUGAAAUCAUUACUUGAGUACUUGUGUAACUGACAAUCUGCCUGAAUCACAGUAACAGUCUUUGUCUGGAGUCCCUAAGCCUUGUAUCUGUAUAGUUGGAACACAUUUUUCAUCUCAGUUUUCAGUCUGAAUCUUCUGUAGCUAUUUUAUUUGUGAUGUCCGUGUCUUGGAAGCCAGCGCAGGUGUGAGAAUCAGUGAAAUAAAAGUGAUGUUUCUAAACUGUGGUGAGUGCAGUACUGUGAGCUGGCACUGGGUGUCAGGAUGGAAGCACUGUUCAAUAAUUCAAUAAAGUUCAAUAAAGUUCA